GUUAAGACCACAAGCGAAGGUGAAGGGCUGUAGAAGGUAUUGUUUACCUGGCCGCCGUGUGCAUUUAGUGCUGCCGCCUUAUCAGCGGCAUUUUCUCCACUUUUAUUGAACCGGAUCGGGCACUGAUAUCUGCCGCCUCUGCCGAGCGGCAGCUGUUAAUUGUACAACCAAUUACCCGGUUUAUCAUCUAACUUGAAACACUUGUGAGCGACUAUAAACUAUAAAUAGACGGUGAAGUGUCGAAAUGAAAUCGUGAAUCGACCUCAAACUUAAUUUGGAUCGUGUUUUUCUGUGCAAACAUAAACUGGAAACAGAUUUUAGAAAAAAAUCAGAAACUUCAUCAUAUAUCCAGAAGGUCACAGAACCAUGACGAAAUCCUAAAGCCUCGGAUUGUGAAGCACUGUGAACGGGAAAAUUCGUGACUAGCCCGACGAUGCAGUGCUCCAGUCUGCGCCUGGCCAUCGGUGGCCUCAUACUGCUCCUCUUUGUGCUGCAUGUGCUCAGCAAGGAGCCCUCGGUAGGAUCACAGCACCACGACCAUCACAGACAGCGCAGUCGCUCCGCCAAGCGAUUCUCGCGCGACUCCAACACGGCCCGGGAACGGCGGCCUAACAUCAUUCUCAUCCUGACCGACGACCAGGAUGCCGAGCUGGGAUCCCUCAACUUCAUGCCGCGCACCCUACGCUUGCUGCGCGAUGGCGGGGCAGAGUUCCGGCACGCCUACACCACCACGCCCAUGUGCUGUCCGGCCAGGUCCUCGCUGCUCACCGGGAUGUAUGUGCACAACCACAUGGUGUUCACCAACAACGACAACUGCUCCAGCCCCCAGUGGCAAGCCACGCACGAGACCCGCUCCUACGCCACGUAUCUCUCGAAUGCCGGCUACCGCACCGGGUACUUUGGAAAGUAUCUGAACAAGUACAACGGAUCCUAUAUCCCACCAGGGUGGCGGGAGUGGGGCGGUCUGAUCAUGAACUCCAAGUACUACAACUACAGCAUCAACCUGAACGGCCAGAAGAUCCGACACGGCUUCGACUACGCCAAGGACUACUAUCCGGACCUGAUAGCCAACGAUUCCAUCGCAUUCCUGCGCUCCUCCAAGCAGCAGAACCAGCGCAAGCCCGUCCUGCUCACCAUGAGCUUCCCGGCGCCACACGGCCCGGAGGAUUCGGCGCCGCAGUACAGCCACCUGUUCUUCAACGUCACUACCCAUCACACUCCCUCGUAUGACCACGCCCCGAACCCGGACAAGCAAUGGAUCCUGCGGGUCACCGAACCCAUGCAGCCCGUGCACAAGCGCUUCACCAAUCUUUUGAUGACCAAGCGCCUGCAGACCCUUCAGAGCGUGGAUGUGGCCGUGGAGAGGGUCUACAAUGAGCUGAAGAGUCUGGGGGAGUUGGACAAUACCUACAUAGUGUACACCUCGGAUCACGGCUACCACCUGGGGCAAUUUGGGCUGAUCAAGGGCAAGAGCUUCCCGUUCGAGUUCGAUGUCCGAGUGCCGUUCCUCAUCCGUGGGCCGGGCAUCCAGGCCUCCAAGGUGGUCAACGAAAUAGUGUUGAACGUGGACCUGGCUCCCACUUUCCUGGACAUGGGCGGAGUACCCACGCCCCAGCACAUGGACGGGCGCAGUAUCCUUCCGCUGCUGUUGAGCAGGAACCGGGCUGUGCGCGACAACUGGCCCGAUAGCUUCCUCAUCGAGAGCUCCGGGCGGAGGGAGACGGCCGAACAGAUCGCCGAGGCAAGGGCCCGUCUCCGAGCCGAUCGUCGGAGCAUGAAGCUGGUUAACAGCUCGCUGCUGGAGGACUUUAUUGGCGGAGGCGGAGAGGACACCACCCCAAGCAUCCUGAGGAGCAGCAGCACCGCCGCCACGCUGCUAGGACUCUCCUCUACCACAUCCACCCACCAGCAGACCGAGGACGUGGAGGCUGAUGAGGACACGGACCACGAGGACGACGAUACGGACGAUGGCAAAGGAGCUAUGGACAGCUCGGCGGCUCUGUCCGAUGACGAGGACGUGGAGGAUGUGGCCGCCGAAGAGGGCGACGAAGAGUUGGACGAACAGGAUUUCCUGCACCAUUAUGGCAACGACUUACCCAUCGCUCCCUACAUAACCAAGAUGAUGCGCCUGAACUCCGAAUGCUCGGAUCCGGCUCUUCUAAAGAACUGCCUUCCGGGGCAGAAGUGGAAGUGCAUAAACGAGGAGGGGCGGUGGCGGAAACACAAGUGCAAGUUCCAUCUACAGUUGGAACAACAGUUGGCCACCAUGCCCCGCAAACAGUUCCAGCGAAACUGCGCCUGCUUCACCCCGGAUGGCGUGGUGUACACCAAGAUUAGAGCACCGUCGUCCGGCAUGCAUCGCGUAAACAAGCGAACCCAACACGGUCAUGGCCGUCGCCGGAACAAGCGGGAGGUGUACCACACUGAGCUGCCCUAUGAGAUGGAGGAGCUCUUGGAUCUCCACCAGGCCGUGGAUCUCCUGGCCGAACACUCUCAUCGGCAGAAAAGAGAUGUUCCUGCAAACAGCAGUGGCGGCAACGAGACGAUCACACAAGUCAUUCAACAGAUACAGACCACUUUGGAGGCCCUGGAGCUAAAGUUUAAUGAGCACGACCUGCAGGGCUCUGGAGCCAGUUCCGUCUCCAGUUCCAGUCCGUUUGGGCAAGAGGAGAAGCUACCGAAAUCAGGUGGGAAAGCGGGGCAUCGUUGCUACGUGGACUCCGCCACGAGCAAGGUAAUGUGCUCGGAUGUGGUGUACGAUGACGAGAAGACGUGGCGCACCUCUCGUGCCCAGAUCGACAUGCUUAUCAAGCUUCUGAAGGACAAGAUUGGAAAACUGAAGGAGCUAAAGAAGCAGCUGCGGGAGAACAACAAACAGGCGUUGGCCGCCAACCGGAGGAACGAAAACAAGCGUCGGAAUGAGGCCCAUCUCACGGAGAGCGGAGCAGGACCCGAGUUCAACAUGAGUUACUUCACCGAUGUGAGCAGUACGCCCAAGUCGAGUGUGGCUGGUGAAAAGGAGAUAUUCCGGGGAUACGGAGGUUCCAAUUCCUUUGAUUCUGUGGAGCAGCCGCAGACUCAUCAUUUUGCUUCGCGGGCAGAGUGCUACUGCGAGCCCGAUGUGGGCGAGAUCUAUGCCGACUCUAAGGAAAUGGCUCGAGAGGCGCGCAGGAAGCUGAAGGAGGAGCGCCAACGCAAGAAGGAGCGCAAGCGCAUCAAGAAGGCUCGCCUGGAGAAGGAGUGCCUUUCGGAAAAGAUGAACUGCUUCCUGCACGACAGCCAGCACUGGCGCACGGCUCCCAUGUGGAAUGACAGUCCCUUCUGCUUCUGCAUGAAUGCCAACAACAACACCUACUCCUGUCUGAGGACAAUAAAUGCCACCCACAACUAUCUGUAUUGCGAGUUCACCACGGGUCUGAUUACCUUCUACAACUUGACUAUAGAUCCUUUUGAGACCACGAACCGUGCGGCAAGUCUGACACCCGGGGAGAGAGCUCACAUGCACGACUCCCUAGAUCACUUGAAGGGCUGCCGAGGACGCAGUUGCAGCAUCAAGCGACACCAGGGUCAGUUGGAAAUCGGACCAAGUACCCCACUCCUGCCAAGUGGCGUCAACCAGGUUCAGCGCAACAACAAACGAAAGCAUACUCCCCUCUCUGGCACAGUGGCACAGAACUACGCCUUUGUAGGUCCUCGACUGGACCAGGACGGAUUUGCCCCGCAAAACCGGAGAAAGCUUUCCAAAUACCAUAGAUGGACCGGAUCCCAGCAAACGCACCUGAAGCGACGACCCUGGAAGCAGCAACCACAGGCUCAGAUGUCGCCAAGAUAUCCGGCCGAUCAGCCCGUGACCACCUCGAUGGCAUAGGCUGGAGGCCGUUUGGAAACUACUGCCGAGUGAACAGCACACAUAUCUUACGCGUACCUUGCUUGCCUGAAUUGCUCCUCAGUUUGGUUCUGCCCACAUUGGAUUUUUUCAUACAUAAAUAAGACUGUGUUUUUAAUCUAUCUACUUAUGUUUAGAACUCGUUUAUUUAACCGAACCGAAUUGGCAAUAUUGUUAGUUGCGAGCACAACGUUUUAUUGGCUCUAAGGCGCCCUGAUUUGUACAUAAAUUUAAAGGGGAAACAGCAGCCAGCGAAUACAGAAUGCUACACACUUGCAUACACUAAAUAAAUUAUUUAGAAAAAUUGGUUAAAAGUUAAAUUAGUUGAGAAUUUAUAUAGUAAAGAAAUCGAUUAGCUGUAGCGAACGAAAUCCAAAUGAAAUUCUAUUUAUUGGUAAAUUCUAAAGAAAAAACGCUAUGUAUAUGUAACGAUCAGUUGUCAAUAUGUAUUAGAGGAUCGAAGCCGUAUUUAUGACCCACUAGAUACGUUUUAAUUGUUAAGAGUCCUGCGCCCCCCACCUCCAUCCGAACACUCCCAAAGAAGUUUAGUAGCAGUUUCACCGCUUCUUCAACUAUUAACCACAUUGUAUCUGCCACGUUAACGAUGUCUUAAUAUUAGCUCUCAAACUUAAUAUAUAAUUCGAAUAUACAAACAAAACAAUAAAUAAAGUUGCAAAUAGUACACUUUUAUCUACCGUA